CGUUCCCACCUAAACCCUACGAUCUUAUAUCAUUCCGUCUUCUACCGAUUAAAAAACUCAGAAACCCCCUGGAAUCUCUCGAUUCAACUCCGAGAGAGAAAAAGAAUUCGAGAGAAAUGAUGAAGCGUCUGGUCCCAACGUUCAACCGCAUCCUGGUGCAGAGAGUCAUCCAGCCUGCAAAAACCGAAAGCGGCAUCCUCCUCCCAGAGAAAGCCUCCAAGCUGAACUCCGGCAAGGUGAUAGCCGUGGGGCCCGGUUCGAGAGAUAAGGACGGGAAAUUGAUUCCGGUCUCGGUUAAGGAAGGCGACACUGUUCUUCUCCCAGAGUACGGCGGUACUCAGGUCAAGCUCGGCGAGAAGGAGUACCAUCUCUUCCGGGAUGAGGAUGUCUUGGGAACCUUGCACGAGGAUUGACAAGGCUUAGCGAGUGUUCUUGUUGGCUUUUUUUUUUUGUGUGAAGGGAUGAAAAACAAGUCAUUUCAUUUAUAAGUAAAGUUUAUCCUUGAAGAUGUGGUUGGACGUUGUCGUUUAUUUAAUUGAAAUUUUACCUUAA